GGUUGCUUUUAUCUUCACUCUUUCAGACAACUUUGAACUUCUCCUUUACGCCUCUUUCUUUUCUUCCUCUCUCUCUUUCUCUCUCUAAUUAGCAACUCUCUCUUUCUCUAUCUAAUUAGCAACGCAAAAGGGUUAAAUUCCAUGGCUUCAACUCUGCUAUUAGUGAUUGUAUUUGUGCUUAAUUUAAUAGCUUUUGCUCUUGCUGUUGCUGCUGAACAGAGAAGAAGCACUGCCACAAUCGUCUCCAAUGAAGGGACUCAAUCCUACUGCAAAUACGACUCAGAUGUAUCGACAGGCUUAGGUAUCGGGGCUUUUGUACUCCUUCUGGCUAGUCAACUUCUUAUAAUGUUGACCAGCCGAUGCCUAUGCUGUGGUAGAGGUCUGAGACCUGGUGGUUCCAGGACAUGGGCUAUCGUACUGUUCAUUAGCAGUUGGGUGCUUUUCUUUAUCGCUGAGGUAUGUCUGCUUGCGGGUUCAGUACAAAAUGCCUACCACACCAGAUACAGGAGUAUCGUAAAUCACCCCCCUUCUUGCCAGACUCUUAGGAAGGGUGUUUUCGCAGCUGGUGCCGCAUUCACAGUCUUCACUGGCAUAAUCUCUGAGCUUUACUACGUCAGCUACUCCAAGGCCAGCGUAGACAUCGCUCCUAAUCGUGGUGGAGACACAGGCUUGCGCAUGGGUAACCUUUGAACAUUUCUUGCUGAUGUAUUUUCUGUAAGUUUUUGUAGUCUGAUCUGAUGGUGUAGUAGCUGCUUAAGAAGUAUUCAUAAACAACGUUUGUCAUUAGUUUUACAUAAUUAGGCUUGAGAUUAACCUUGUUGUCCCACUCUAGAGUUCAAAUAUUGGGUGUAUAUUCCUGUGAUUUGAGGACAUUCUUGUUGUUGUAAUAGUUUUAAAAUUGUGACCUA